AACCCAAUUGCGGGGCUUUGAUAAAAAAAAGGGGACAUUCGACUUGUAGAACCAAUAUACUCCCAUCCAGUUCAGAGUUUCCUUAUCAAACUGUGUCGCGUGUGAAUUAGAAUCAUAUAUGUAUAAUAUAGAUAAGGGCCGGGUGUGUCAGCCUCUAUGUAAGUCCCCUGGCCCGGCGUUAACUGCCAAAAAAGCUAUAACAAUCAUUGAGUCACUCGACUGCCCCAUACCGGAAUUGUUUUUGUUUAAAACUUUAUCUGAAUAAGUCUUCGGAAUGCCACCCUUUUGCUGUGGAGGUCGCCGCUGCGCGAAGGACUUGGAAUAUGAAAAACUUCACCAAGACGGACGCGAUUCUGCAAGGGAAAUUAUUUAUACUACCAUGCCGGAAUAUGAACGACCAUUGUCCCUGAAGUUCUACGCACGACAUGACUGGCCAUAUUUCAAUUGCACCGAUAAUGAUGUGCGCCACAUGCGCGAGAAACUGGAUCCUGAGUCCCUGAAAAACGCCUCCAAAAUAGCCAAACUCCAUGAUGGCGAGGAUCAGCAGUACGAGAUGAAGCAUGCGACACCACAGCCGAUGACUGUUAACCAGAUAUACGGAUGGUAUUCGGAUCGGGCCCACCGCUAUCUUAGACGGGACCGCGGCACCUUCGUGUUUCCUCACGAGAAUGAUCCACUGUUUACGCAGGUUUUGAUGGGCAAGCUAAAUACUAAAUAACUCAUUUUGGAUUUCUUUAAUUCAAAAAAGUUCCAAAAAUUAAAGUCAUCUUAGUUUAAAUAUAGUAUUGAUAUUGGCACAAUAAAUUAGGUCUAAAUUUUUUGUAAUUUCAA